UGUGGCAUUGGACAAAUCCGUUUCUUUAUUUAGUGAUUGAUUUUUGCAUCACGUUUGUUUUCAAAGAAUGACAGGAACCAAUGAAGCUGAACAACAAGUACAAACCAACAGACAUUUGUUGCCUCAGAUAGUGAAACCAAAACUAUAUAAACUGCAGUUAGAACCUGAACUCGAGUUUCCUGAGCAAAAUGGCGCCCAAGGAAAGCAAGACUUGAAGUUUCAAGGGAAAGCUAACAUUGAACUGGAGAUCAUUUCUUCCACCAAAUGUGUGACCUUGCACGCCUUGGAUUUGGAAAUUAAAGAGGCAGCUGUGGAGGUAAACAACUCUAAGCUCAUCAAGGCGGAAAACAUAAGUUAUGACAAAGAGCAACAGACUGCAACUAUUCUGUUUCCAGAGACUCUUUUACCUACUCAAAAAGUGGCGAUUCAGUUGGACUAUACCGGUACUCUCAACGACCAAAUGGUUGGGUUUUAUCGUUCUUCCUAUAAAGGUUCGAAUGGAGAAACAAGAUAUAUGGCAACCACUCAAUUCGAGCCAACGGAUGCUCGUAGAGCCUUUCCUUGUUGGGAUGAACCUGCUAUCAAAGCUGUGUUUGAAAUAACGUUGAUUGUUCCUGCAGAUCGUGACUGCUUGAGUAAUAUGAUUGCAGUUUCUGAGCAUAUCAAUGAAUCGGGGAAAAAAGUUGUGCAAUUCCAAAGAACACCCAUUAUGUCUACCUAUUUGUUAGCCUUCAUAGUGGGGGAGUUUGACCAUAUUGAAGACAAAACAGAACAAGGCAUAAUGGUUCGCGUGUAUACCUUAAAAGGGUCUUCGGAAUUGGGCAGAUUUGCAUUGCAAGUUGCAGUGAAGACUUUAACUUUUUUUGCAGAAUUCUUCGAUAUUGCUUAUCCAUUACCUAAAAUGGACUUGGUUGCUAUUCCAGACUUUGCUGCUGGUGCAAUGGAGAACUGGGGAUGUGUUACAUUUAGAGAGACAGCGUUAUUAAUUGAUCCUGCCAAUUCUUCUACAGUUGCUCGUUCUCGAGUUGCUGAAGUUGUUGCCCAUGAACUUGCUCACCAAUGGUUUGGCAACUUGGUAACUAUGGAGUGGUGGACCCAUUUGUGGUUGAACGAAGGCUUCGCAACAUGGGCAGCAGAUUUGGCUGUCGAUCAUUUAUUUCCUAGUUGGGGUACUUGGUUGCAGUUUGUAAGUUCUACAUUCUCCGCUGCUCUAAGGUUGGAUUCAUUAGAGUCCUCACAUCCUAUAGAAGUAGAAGUAAAGAAAGCAGGAGAUGUCAAUGAAAUAUUCGAUGCCAUAUCGUAUUGCAAGGGAGCGUCAGUGAUUCGAAUGCUGGCCAAUUAUUUGUCGUUGGAAUCCUUCCAAAAGGGAUUGCAAGUUUAUUUGAAAAAGUUUAGCUAUAAGAAUGCUGCAACAGAUGAUUUAUGGAAGGUUUUAGAAGAGGUUUCUGGCAAACCAGUAUUUUCGAUGAUGAGUCUGUGGACACGGCAAACAGGUUAUCCCGUGAUCCAAGUGAAACAGAAUCAAGAUAAUCAGUGGCUCUUUGAGCAAACUAGAUUUCUAUCGAGUGGUUUUACGGAGCAAACCACUGAAAAUGCUACUUUAUGGAUCAUACCGAUAGGAGCUAUCUCUUCUUCGAAGCCAACAGAGACGCGUUAUUUCUUAUUGAAAGGAAAGAAAGAAGAAAUGAACGAUGUAUUUGGAAAGGAGGAAGAUUGGUUCAAAUUGAAUUCCAAUCAGUCUGGUGUUUAUCGAGUGAAUUAUCCACUGUCGUUAUGGGAGAAACUAAGAAAGCCUGUACAGGAAUGUAUACUUUCUUCUACCGAUCGGUUAGGUCUCAGUAUGGACUCAUUUGCGCUUUGUCGUGCAGGAAUGAUGCCUACCACAUCUGCCUUGGAUAUGAUGGCAAGUUUCGAGAAUGAAACGGACUACAACUGUUGGGUAGACUUGAUUUCGAAUUUUGAUAGUCUUCAUAGUGUUUUUGGAAAGACAGAUGAAAGUCGUUAUUUGAUGGAAAGGUUUUUCUGUCAUAUCCUUAGAAACAUUGCACAACAAUUGGGUUGGAAUGCUGCAGAAGGUGAAGAGCAUUCGGUUAGUUUGCUACGUCCUAAAGUGUUGAGAGCCAUGGUGGACUACAAAGAUGCGAACACUUUAUCUAUUGCCAGACAGUUAUUUGAACAAUAUAUCCAUAACAAAGAUAACGUUGUUGCUGAUCUCCGUGGAGUAGUUAUGGCAGCCGCAGUUUCGAGUGGAGGGCAAAAGGAGUUUGAUCAAGUCAAGCAUUUGUUUGAAACUGCAACUUUGAAUGAAGAAAAGGUUCGAUGUCUACAGACUUUAGGAAUGACACCUCAAGUUUCUCUUAUGAAAGAAGCGUUGGAAUGGGGUUGGCAACAUGUGCGUUAUCAGGACUAUAUCUAUUUGGUUUCUUCUAUCGGUAGCAAUCCUAAAGGUGCUGAGUUGAUUUGGGAAUACUUGAAGGAACAUUGGAAUGCUUUAUAUGAACGUUAUGGAAAGGGAAACUUUAUGUUGACUUCCUUUAUACGUGCUUGUACAGCUCAGAUGACUACACAAAUGGAAGCUGAUCAAGUAGAAGCUUUUUACCGAACUAAGCACGUGGAGGGAUGUGAGAGAACCAUUCGACAAUGUGUAGAACGUAUUCGAGUAUCUGCGAAAUGGUUUGAAAGAGAUGAAAAGGCAACAAAGGAAUGGUUACAACGAUAUGUGAAAGAUCACAAUUGUUGAGAUGUGUUGUUCAAGAGAGUUUAUGAUUUGUGUUUGUCUU